AUGGAGGUGGAGUUUGAAAACUUAUAUGCGCAACUUUUUGACCUGGUUCCUUCUUCAUCAUUGGAGUUGGAACGGCUCAGUUCUACCUUAGUAAAUGCUUGCUACCAGCAUCAGAAUGUCAAGCUAAAUACAAAUGAAUUAUUAACUGCAGAACAUAUCAGACGAUUACGAGAACUUCAGAAAAAUAAAGAAGAUAUACUAUCCAGACCGGAUAGAGGGACGGGGAUCGUGCUGCUAAAUCGAACGGACUACAUAGACAAGAUGAAUACCGUAUCGGGUGAUCGGUCGAAAUCCACCAAAAUGACGGAAAAGGAUAAGACGGCUGAAAUAGAAGAGGUGUUUUCCAAGAUUUUGCGAUGCUUAAAGCAGAGAGGAGUCAUUGAUGCAUCCCUUUUCGAACGUAUUAGGUCAACCGGGACUGUUAUUCCGAGGUUGUAUGGAUUGCCAAAAGUACACAAAGAUGGAGUGCCAUUACGACCGAUUUUAGGUAUGUGCAACUCACCAUAUCAUGCCUUGGCAAAGUGGUUGGCCAAGUUGUUAGAAUCCGUUCGAGUUGGUGUGGAAAAACACUGUGUCACAGAUACAUUUACUUUUGUGGAUAAAAUUCGUGACAAACUUGGUCGAUUGAACAGUGCUCUCGCUGGACGUCAGCUCUUUAUUCACAAACGUUCCUAUCGGCGAAAAGAUUGA